GCGCACAGCCACGGCGUCUUCUCUUGCGUGUUUCCCGUGUGAGGAUUGCAGCAAGCAUUUCUGGUUUAGGUUUGCCAAAUACCCAAGAUUCCAUGCCUCAUGAACCUGAAUUUCCAUUAUGAACCAUGGCUACGUUGAUGUUCAGACGGCUUUCAAGACCAGUGAAAAAGGCAGCUACAUUUUCAAGGACAGUGGAUUGCUACAAGAAGGAAGAUCCUGGUAAAGACCACAAGGGUAAAAUCUGCAGCCCUGAUGAGGGAGUUACCUUGAACAAAGUUGUUGAUUCUGAAAAGAUUUUUAGGUUAUUGAACUAUCACAUCUUGUAUAAUCCUUCAGCAUACACUAGAAAUAGAAGGGUUGCUUCUCUGCGGGUUUGCACAGAUGAUGAGGAAUGUGAAGAUUCUGCAGGAAGCGUGCAUUCCAGUUUAGGGACUAAACAAGCUCAGAAUACAUACAGUAUAACGUGUUCUCGUAGGCUGUCAAGCUCCAGAAACACUCUACUGGACUUGGUAUUUAAUAAGGCAGAUGAAAGGCAAGUGCAUUCUUUGCAGUCUGAGAAGCUGAAAAAUGUGAGUGGUAAUGAAAAAAAAGCAAAUGAUACAGAAGUUUCUGAUGCUAAGGAAGAUGCUCGAGCUUUUCAGAAAUUAAGGACUGAUUACAAGUUAUUUUGUUACAAUGCUAAUGUUUUAGAGCCGCUUUCUGCUGAAGAUUGCAUCCAGAUAUUACAUAAGGUUACUGUACUGAAAAGUAAGCUAACACCAGAGAUGAUUGCUGAGUACUUCAAAACACUUGGUUGUUUACCACCAGAGCAGCAUGUAGCUGUGAAGUCUGAUACUAGAUUUGCUAUGCUGUGCCGUUAUAGUGUGGAAAACCUGAGUGCCUUUCAUUCAUCGCAGCUCAUUGACAUUUUGAAAGCAUUUGUUUAUUUAAAGUUUCCUCCAUCUCAUUCACUUUUGAAUGUCUAUGAAGUAGAGUUCUCUCGUCGAGUGUGGGACAUGGACCUUAAUCAGCUUUUAUUAAUUGCUGAUUUGUGGCGUUUCUUGGGGCGCAGUGUACCACAGUAUUUGGAGAUUCUGUUUAGUUUUGCCAGCUUGCAUUGGAAGAACCUUAGUUUGCCUCAGUUGGUGCAGUUGAUCUAUAUAAUAGGUGAAGCUCGCAAAGCGCCACCAGACCUAAUGCAAAAGAUUGAAUCUCUGGUAUUGAAGUACAUAGAUGAAAUGAAUCUCGAGGAGGUUGGAGCAGUUUGCUUAGGAUUCUUUAAAUCUAAGAGCAGAUUCUCGGAAUAUCUUAUGAGAAAAAUUGGGGAAAAGGUUGCUUUGAGGAUGGUGGAGAUCAGCAAUUUUGCUUUGGUUAAUGUACUUAAAAUGUUCCGCUUUACUCAUGUUGAUCAUUUACAAUUCUUAAACAGUCUUGGUCAGGUAGCUGCCCACCGAAUCCCCAGCAUGGGUACUCAAGGUAUUAUGCAUAUAGCUUUAGCCUGUGCUGCUUUGCACUUCUUGGAUGAAAAAAUAUUGGAUGCUAUAGCUGCUGAACUUCCAUCCAAGGCACCUCACUGUAGAAGUAAAGAUGCUGCCAAGUUUAUGUGGUCUUUUGCAUCUCUGAAUUAUGAGCCACCAAAUUCUUUGGAAGUUUAUGAGGCAUUAACAGCUCAGCUGCGGCUUAAAUUGCAUGAAUUUGAAAAGUUUCCUGAGCAUCUUCUUACAGGCUUGCUAGCAUUAGCAUUUGCUGGACAUUUCCCUCAUGAUUUAAUAGAUUUUGCUUUGAGCCCUACUUUUGUUAAACUUGCAACUGAGGUAACCGCAUUUGAACUCAAAAAAGAUCUACUCACUCUUGAUGCCAGUGUGGGGAUUGAGUGCUUACCUUACAAGGGCAAUCGGAUUAGUCCUCUGCUUCGACGAGAAGUUACAGUCAUGAUGUGUGCUUGGGCAAGCACAGAUCUGUAUGUAAGGCUGGAAGUUGCAGAAGCAUUAAGUUCUUUGCAGACCAUUCUUGGUGGACCUCAUUAUGUAAAACAACAUAUGAUACUACCCCAUACAAGAUCCUGUGACUUGGAGGUUCAUCUCCAGAUGAGUGGAAAGCCUGUGCCAUUUAACCAGGAGGGAACAGCAGGUCUUUUACCAAAGCACAAUAUAAAGGGCAGUGGAGUACUUGUUACCGAUGAACUAAUGGUUCAGCUCCUGAAGGGUAAAAGUGGUAAAAGUUCAUGGAAAGUUAAUGAGAAGACCUCCAGCUCUGAGCUUGUAUAUCCACAUACUGUUGUAACUGAAACUACCACUGGGAAGUGCAGUCAUGGUGGUUCAUGCCACUCUAAGUCAUCAGUGACCAUUACCCCAUCUGAAAGCUCAUUGCAGAAUUUGGUAAAAUCCAAGAACAGUGCUGAGAUACCUUUUACUAGAACUCCGAAGUCAGGUGUACAAAAACUGGCAGUUCAAGUGACUAACAGAAACCAUUACUGCUAUGGUUCCCACAGACUUCUAGGGCUUCACAGCAUGAAGCGACGUCAGCUUUGUAAGCUAGGAUAUGUGGUAGUUGAGAUUCCCUUUUGGGAAUGGUUUCCACUUCUUAAGAGAUCUCGCUCUGAGAAACUUGCCUAUCUGCAUCAGAAAGUGUUUGGCUCUUUUGAUGAGAUGUGCUAAAAUUAAAAAAAAAAAAAAAUGAAUGUGACAUUAAAUAUGUGGUUUUUCUUACAGUAA